AUGCUGAGCGAUCUUUGCUCAGUAGUUAUUUUGUGGACUAUACACUCACUAAGUGAAAUAGUGAUUGAACAUUUCUUUGUAUAUCAGUGUUCUUUGUGUGUAAUUUUGAAGUGAAAACCUUAAUUUUGAGAUACUGGAUUCUUAUUUAUUUCUUUGUUUGCAUUGAAUAGACUCCGAAAUUACUGGACCGAUUUUAUGUAUUUUUCUACAUCAUGCGCGGGUGACAUAGGUUAUAUAGUUUGCGCAGGCAAAGUAGCGGGAAAACAUCUAGUAUAUAGAAUCGGUAAAUGUGUUUCUAAGCGCAAAAAAUGAGAAAGGCAUUGAUUGGGGUGAAUUUUUUGUUGUGUUUGAUUUAGUCUGUAGAAGGUCCAUAAGGGGGAAAAGAAAGGUAAAAAAUACGAUGAGAAUAGUAAAAGCAACCAUUUUCUUUUCCCAUAUAACUACUCUGUCCACAUUUGACAUCAGUCAAAGCAAAACAGGCGCGAUAAGACAAUCUUUGCCUUCAAGUUGUUUAGAGGCUGCAUGGAAGCAUAACAAGACCUGCCGGGAUAGACUGUUAUUUAUAUUAAUUUAAAAUUUUACAGACCACGAGCUGGCUUCGAACAGUGUAACGUAGACCAACUGGAGCAACUUUUCAAGCAAACCGUGGGAGAUCAAAAAGAGAUCACCAAAGAGCAGUUUAAGACUAUACUCGAGUCAAAAAAUCCAUUUUUCACUGAACGAGUCUUUCAAAUCUUCGACGAAGACGACUCCGGUGCGAUAUCAUUACAAGAGUUCAUCGCUGCAGUUCAUCGAUUUGCUGGACAAACUCCUGACGACAAAUUAAAGUUCCUGUUUCAAGUUUACGAUCUAGAUGGUGAUGGUUUAAUACAACACCGCGAACUACAGCACGUGAUGCAGGCGUGCAUGGAAGAGAACUCGAUGCACUUCAGUGAAGAGCAAUUGCUAGAUUUAACUGGCGCAAUGAUCGAAGACGCUGACACGGAAAAUAGAGGAGCGAUCACCUACGAGGCUCUGAGGAACCAGCUAUCCAAACAUGACGGGUUACUAGAGAAUCUCUCGAUCAGGACAGUGUUUAAACUUCAAUUGUGCGUGGGUGUUGGUAUUGAUGUUGCGCCGGUGCAUCACGGAGCUGCGCGCGCGCGGGCUCAAUGCCGUGCUGCCUCUCGACCACCAUAUCUACCUGCACAAGCUAACGGUGUCGUGCGAAGCAUCGAGAGACGGAAGACUUCUGUUAUUUGCGUGCAAGAUACUUCUGUUGUUUGCGUCAUAGAGACUGCAAAAAGAUACCCUAGGGAGAACAUCAAAAGUAAGCCUGGUCUUUUUGGUCUGGUGGGAGGAUGCGCCAACCCCACAGGCGUGGCACUGUGCGUGCUGCUCGCCAUCAUAUGCGCGUGUAGCCAACCCGCUGUCAGGAGAGGGGGAUGUUUUGAGAUAUUCUACUGGACGCAUCUCCUAUAUAGACCUUUCUGGGUGCUAUUAAUUUUCCAUGGACCGAAUUUCUGGAAAUGGUUCGUGGUACCAGGUACCAUAUACGUUGUGGAAAAGAUACUGCGAUUCGCAUGGAUGAGAUCAAAACGUGGCAAGACUUACAUCUCCUCUGGUGUGCUGCUGCCGUCCCGUGUAACACAUUUGGAGAUCAAGAGACCAUCUCACUUCGAGUUCCGAGCUGGAGAUUAUGUGUUCAUAAAUGUUCCAGCUAUAGCCACAUCCGAGUGGCAUCCAUUUACCAUCAGCUCCGCUCCGGAACAAACAGAAAUAUCACCGGUCAUCCGCAGCGUUUCAUUAUUAACAGCACAGCGUCUGAAAAACAAGUCUGCAUCAAUGCCAGACGUGAUGACCUCCCAAAAGAAGUGGCAAAGAUUGAACGAGCUUCGCAAUAUGAUGCGGUCCGAGUCAGAAAAUAGAUUCGAUGUGAUAUCGAUGCAUUCGGCACGUGCUGUGGCCUACAAAAGUCCCCGGAAUAAAGCGUUAGCGCAUAGUUUUAGAUAUAUGAAGAAUAAGCCAGCUAUAGUCGCAUUUAAUACACCAACCGACACUGAUAAAGACAGAAGAAAGAGUAAUGAGAGUAUUAUAACCCAAGCUAGGAGACGCCUAUCGAAAAGUAUAUCACCCGAUAAAGACAUAGAGAAGCCGACCAUUACUGUCGUGAGUCCAUCUACAGAAUCAGAGUGCACUAGUGGCAGUUCGGAAAUUAUUUAUCCUGUUGGAAAGCCCCUAGAGAUACCUGAUGGAAAAAAUAGAAUGAUCGACUGGCAACACUGAGAGCAAACAACGUUUGAAAUUCAACCUCUAUUUUGACCAACUUGGCAACCCCGAAGGUAUUUGGCAUGUAUGGAGCGAUUGUGCAUCUCUAUAGACUCUUUCAUAUGGUGGAAAAAAAUUACCCGAUUUUAGGGAAGUUUUUGAGAUUUACCCCAAAAACUCUAACUGUCAAAGAAAUAAUUUUAGAACUUGAAAACUGGUAUCGGUCGAUGGAGGGCGCACCCCGAAAUGACAUUUGACUAUUUUCAUCGCCUACACCUGGCAACCCCGGCAGCUACGGCGGUUUGAAAGUUCAAUGCCCACUAUUCACGUUUUGGACUCUAGCGCAGUCAUUAUAGCCGCUAGGAAAAUAGUAAAAACUGCGUUGGAUGCGCCAAUAGGUGUGCUACAUAAGUAUGAGAUUGAAAUUUCAAAAUUCAAGAUGGCGGAUUAAAUAGCGACCAUUUUAUCUAG